CUCAAAGACAGAUCAUGACAGUCAGACGCACCUCUUUCCAGUGCCUGGUCAUAUGUUGUGUGUUGACCUGGGUCAUGGCCAAGGAACAGCCUGGAGAGAUCCCAGAGAGAUGCCUCAUGGUGAGGAGCUUCUCCUCGACGCUCACGGCCGUGACUCAUGACAACGGCGACAUCCACACUCGCUCUCUGUCGCCCUGGACGUGGAGGCCGACCACGGAAGAACACCGGAUUCCACACACUAUCUGGGAGGCGGAGUGCAGCCACAGUGACUGCUCUGAGCCCAGCCAGCCAGCCGGAGCCAGGAACAACGCUGUGCCCAUAUACCAGAACCUUCUGGUGCUCCACAAAGGGCCAGAGAAGAACUGCUACAUCGCCUCCCACAGGAUGGUUGCCGUGGGCUGCACUUGUAUUCGGCCUGACAUCUUAUAAAGACGUCAUUUUGAGAGGACUUUUUUCAUGACGCCCUCAGGGUGCCAAGUCUAAUGUUCAAAUAUCUCAAAUGUAUGGAAAUUCGAUUUAUUCUGACAACUAACACAUUGUUUUCACCUACAUAUUUAACUCAGAGGUACUCCAUUCUGCUAAGCUACUAUUUUUAAACGUUUGGUGUUUAUUCUCAGAUGUUGCAAAUGUUUUUAGACAUUUCUUUUCUCUUUUCCUACAUUUUCCCUGCUAUUGUACGGCC